UUACUUGAGUCAUGAUAUUUUAGUCACGAGUCACGAUAUAUAGUCACAGCCUCAUCAAACCUUUAUUUCAUUGCAACUUCUAAAAACUACAUAAAGACAAGUAUCUACAUAUAUCUAUAUAUAGACGCACACAUAUACCGAUACAUAUAUAAUUAAUUAUGGUGAAGUUUGAUGCGAAACUAUGGAAAGCUGUGUUUCUGAUGUCGUUUAUCAACAUUAUGCUAAGCGUCGUGAACGUUAUGUUCAAGAAGAUGCUUAAUCAAGGUAUUAACCGUAUGGUCGCCACCACAUACCGACUUGCCGCAGGAACUCUGUUCUUAACACCGUUUGCGAUUUUCUUGGAAAGACAUAACAGGCCAAAACUCACGGGUAGGAUCUUGUGUUCACUUUUCUUUAGCGCUCUUCUAGGGACGAGCUUGGUGCAAUACUUCUUUCUUAUAGGGCUACAAAAUACUUCUUCCACUUUCGCCUUAGCGUUUAGCAAUAUGGUUCCAUCGGUCACUUUUGCUUUGGCUCUCGUCUUUAGGCAAGAGACGUUGAACAUCAAGAGCAACAUAGGACGAGCCAAAGUGUUAGGCACAAUGAUAUGCAUAUGUGGAGCUUUGGUGCUUACGCUUUAUAAAGGAACCGCACUAACUCAACAAAACGCUCAAAUGCAAACACAAACAUCAAAUAGUUCACCUACUGCGGUAACACAAAAGUGGGCAAUGGGUUCGUUCAUGCUGAUCAUAUCAAUCUUAGUAUGGUCAUCAUGGUUUAUCAUUCAAGCUAAAAUAUGCCGGAUAUAUCCGUGCCAAUACACGAGCACCACUAUCCUCUCUUUUUUUGGUGUGAUCCAAUCUGCUUUGUUGAGUUUGAUCUCGGAGAGGAGCAUAUCCAUGUGGGUCGUUAAAGAGAAAUUUCAAGUUUUAGCUUUACUUUAUUCGGGUAUUGUGGGAUCGGGAUUGUGCUACGUGGGAAUAUCGUGGUGUCUCCAGCAAAGAGGUCCGGUUUUCACGUCUAGCUUCAUCCCUUUGAUUCAAGUCUUUGCUGCCAUUUUCAGCUUCUUUUUUCUUCAUGAGCAAAUUUACUGCGGAAGUGUGAUAGGGUCAAUGGUCAUCAUCGUGGGACUUUAUAUACUUUUAUGGGGCAAAAGCAAGGAAAAUCCUGCCCCAGUGACCAAACAAGCACCAUUAAAUCUCGAUCUUGAAGGUUGUGGGACUGCUCCAAAUGAACCUAAUAGUACUGCCCAUCCAGUAUCUGGAAAAUAAUUACUUUAAAAUACAUUUAUUGUCAAUGAAUUGUAAGACUUGAGUAUAAUAGAAAAUCAUAUUAAAAAAAUGUAACACUAACUGUAUAAUAGAAGGUUUAUACAAGAAAAACCUUAGUAUGUAAAAAAUGUAUCAUAGUUAAUACAAAAAUGUAGCACUAACAGUUAUACAGAAAUAAAAGUACAAAGUUCAGAUUUCAGAUUUCGAGUUACUGAAAAGAAAAGUUAGAUCAGUUCUUUUUGCCAAUGAAAAGGUUAUAUUAUAGUUUAAUUAAAAGUUAAAUCAUAGAUGUACUAAGAGAAAUCGUCAAAUGCCCGUCUAGCUCAGUUGGUAGAGCGCAAGGCUCUUAACCUUGUGGUCGUGGGUUCGAGCCCCACGGUGGGCGUUUUCU